AUGGUUGGAACCACGCACUUACAUCUAGCAGACAUGCUACGAUCACCUCCAAGGGAUUCUCCUCAAAGAAAGCUGAUUCUUGAACGCAUGGUACCCACCAUCGCACGCAUGCAACUCUCCCAUCCCUUCAGUAUGACCUCAAUGUUCUCCUCUCGCGCUUUGAUCGAGAGAUUCUCCAUCUCAAGGAUAAUCGACUGCACGGACUUCUCAGCAUCUGAUCGGUUUUUUGAUGCCAUUAUCCAAAACGCAUUCACACCACUCCGUAGAAGUGGACAUGUUUGGCGCGCGUGCAUUGCGCCUGUGCCAACUGAUCUUCAAAGGCUGCCUUUACACACUGUCAAUCACAUCCCACCAUUAUCCGACAUCGAGGAGGACGAGAUCGCGCAUGUUGUCAUUGACACAGCGUUUGAUCCAUCAUCAGCUAAGAACAAGUGCUUCAAGCCUCCUCGUGACAAGGUCCUGAACACUAGCUGGAGUGCGGCGGAGAGGUUACGAGCAGAGGCGGGUGAAAGGGUGAAAAGCCUGGAAGACUUACGCAACAAGCUCAAAACUUUCUAUCGCAAUGGCGUCAAGAAAUUACCUGGUGCAUACUUACUAAUCUCAAUGCAGAUCAUGCCAAAUCACCACCUAGAUCUUCGAAACAAGGAUGGGUCGUUGAUGGCGUUUGUAUCUACUGCACUUCCCACCCACAUACGCGCUUCUCUGGAAGUCAAUUUACUGGCUGCACUCGGAAAUGCAGACUUGCUUGGAGAUAUGGAUACGCGCUUGCCUGGAGGUAGACCUUUCCAGGCUAUGCACCUCUCUUGGUACAAUCGCCAUUGUACAUCGGGCCUUAACGCUCCAACAGACGUUCAACCUUGGCUGCUAGAGAAGGAAGGAAUGCGCACAAACCAUGGUCAAGUGUACGGGGAGUUAUUUGAGUGGAUGGAGAAUUACCUACAAGAAGAGUUCGAAAUGCUGAUGGAGGUCGCCUCAGUUUUGCCUGGCAACGCUCUUCCCCCCGUUGUUCCUUUCAUUUCUCUAGUGAUCAACAUCAAUGUUCGCACCAAAGCUCAUAGAGACAGCGGUGAUCGUCAUCUAUGUUUGGUGAUACCUAUUGGACACUUUGAGGGGGGGGCCUUGUGCUUGUUGGAGAAUGGGCUAGUUCUGGAGUUGCGCAAUGGUGACAUAGCUAUCUUCAGAUCUAGCAAAGGCAAAAGACCGCCUUCCCCUACUUCCUCAGCUCCUCCUGCUAGUAAUAAAGGCAAGACAAAAGCAAGCAAAGUUAUAACUGAUGACCAGUAUGACGAAUUCCUGAAGUUUCAAGCUCAAAAAAGAAGGAAGCUGAACUCAAUCAUCGCAAAGAGCAUUGAAUUAGGUUUGAGGAAGAAUGUUGACGCCAUGCUAGAUGAAGAAGAGAGUAAUACUGAGCAUGAGAUUACGGAGCAUAACAAGAGGAAAAAAGUGAGCAAGAAGGCAAAACCUAUGGACACAGAUGAAGAAGUAGAAGACGAUGCCAAUCCUGAUGAUAUUUUGCCUCACUUGGACCCUAAGAAAAAGAAUACGCCCAUAGCCAGUGAAGAUUCAGAUCAUUCGCGUCACCCAGAGGCAGAUUCAGCAAUAGACAGACGUAGCUGGAGAGCACUAAUAGAAGUCAAGGAUGAGUCGCAAGAUGAAAUGGCUGUCAGGCGUCGCAGAAGGGGGGCCAAUAAAGGUGAAGUCAGACCACCUACUACCCUUGCAUCUUUAAAAAAAGAUGGAUGCGGACCUUUGGUGGAUCUUGCUCAUCAACUGCUGAGAGUAAAAAUUGCCCUGGAGAACGCCUUUCCUGGUCCUUCUGUAGAUGUCCAGGACGCCUUUGCCUGGAACUGUAUCAAGGAGGCUGGUAAAGAAUCAGGCUCCCCAAUGAAGGUUAUGUUUGAUCGCAUUAGUGAAGAUGAUACACUCAAAGGCAGGGCAUUGGCAUAUGUAUGGUCAGGUGCAUCUCAGUUAAGGGGGGAGUUGGCUAGGAAGGCUAGAGAGAAUGUGAUUUUCAUGUUGCAGCAUUUACGUCCCAAGGAAAUAGCCGACAUAGCUAAUUGGGUUAUAUCUACAAGAAAGGAGCCGUUCCUUAGUGGUGAGAUGGACAUUAAAGCCAAGACCUUCAACAAGAACCUUCCUUUCCGCACACACCUCAUCAAGCAACUUCUCAUGGGCCAAUUUUUUCAGGGCGCUGGUGCUGAAGGAUUGCUUUACAAGGAAGAAUUUCAAAAGCUUCCUGAUAAUCUUAUUGCGCUUUUGGCAGCUUCAAUAGAGUGUGCAUACAAAGGCAUGCUCACAGGUACACCAGUUGUAGUAGAGUUCAAGGAACCAGUGUUUCAACCAAGACAUCAGUACUACUUGUCUAAACUCACUGAGUAUAGCCUUAAGACUCCAGGCUAUAUGAAGAAAUUGAGAGAUGAUCUGUGGACUGAUAUUGGAGAGGCUUGUCGUUUCCAGCUUAGAGAAGAGGGAGGCGACAGUGAUGAAUCUGAUGUUGAUUUUGAUGCAAUGGAGGAGUAUGCUAGGCCAAUGUCUGGUGUAGCAAAUGUUGAUGAUGCUGUCGUCAACUGA